GCUGUGUCUACGUCUCACUUACACUUACACACACCUCCAAACCGAAACCUCAACAGCGCACAUACUGGGGCACGUGAAUUCGCACACUCACGCACGCGCACAAUCGGCGCCUGGUAUUAAAUCGAGAAAUCUGCAUGACCCGCCAUGCCACCGCCGCCGACGAGCCAGCAAGCACUGACACACCGUUCGAGUUUAUUCAUUAAUUUGUGACUGGACACCGCCUGCCGUACCUCGUUUUCUGAUACAUUCAGCAACACUCUGCGGUUCCCGCUGUUCCUAAAUUGCCCACCGCCACCAUUGUACGACGCGUUUGGCGUUCAUUCACUGAAUAAUAUUAUCGACAUAAUAUUAUUGUUGUAUACUAUUUACACACAAAUUUGACGCCGCCGCCGGUUUUUCGUCGAUUAUUAUUUCUAGCCACCGCCAACGGCAUUAUAUUCUUGUCGAAUAACGUAAUUUGUCGUCCCCAUCUCACACCAACCGUCAAGCGACCGGCGACUGUCAGUUCAAUUCAACAAAACUUCAUUUUAAUAAUGGCUUCUGUUGUCAACGAACUAGCGGAACAAGUGGUAGUUAUUAAAAUCGAAGAUGAAGAAGAUUCUGAAAUUGAUGCUAUGGCUCGUAAUUUGAAAGAAAAAUAUAAGCAAAACGCAACAGCUGCAACAAAACAGAAGGCUGCUCCUCCAGCUAUCAAUAAAACAAAUAAGCAAGAAAUAUUAACUGAAGAUUGUGUAUACAUUGAGAGCAUAAAAAGUAGGUUUUCUUGGAAGUUAAUUGGAGGAAGCCACAUACCCUAUAUCGUACGAGUAAUUAAUGGUAAACAUUUGAAGUUUGUAUCCGUACGUAUGGCUGAAACUCAGCUACUCGGCCAAUAUAUAAAUUAUUUGCAUGCAGAUAAUAUGUAUAAAUGUACAUCAAUAAAAAGUUAUUUUAUCACUGAUUAUGAAGCUAAGUUAUUAAAUGAGAUCAACCAAAAACAUGCUGACUGUGGAUACGGAAAAGAAAUAUUUGUCGCAGGAAAAGAUUUUAUCGUCACUUUAGAAGAUGUUCAAGAAUUUUAUACAUUCAUGGACAUAUGUUAUAAACAAUUAGUGAGCAAUAUUACUCCAGAUAAUAAUGAAAAAUGCGGAUUUAUAUAUAUUAACUCUGAUUCGUUUGUACCCGAGGUUGUACCAUAUUGUACUAUAGAUGGUAAAAAAUUUGUUCCAAUAUUUUACUUUGAGGGCAAAACUAAACAUUUCAUGUCUCUAGCUGUAAAAAUAGAAAAUUGGAACUUGGCCUAUGUCAAGUUCUGUUGUAAUGUUGUUCAGGGUAUCAAAAAUGAGUUUCUUGAUAGUGACUCUUGUGAAAUGCUCAAUCUUGAUCAUAUCAAGAAUUUUUAUUCGCCAGAAACAAAUUUUAUAGAAUAUUGGCCAACUUUUGUUAAUAUACAACCCAAAAUUAAUCAGUUAUCUAAUUGUGUCAAUACACCUGGUGCCUGGUUUAGAGCACCCCCUGAGGUAGUACCUUCUGAAAUUACUAUUCCUUGUACAUUAAUAGAAGUAUCACCACCAGUACCACAUACUAUUCCAGAGAACAAGAACACCUGUCAAAAGAAAAGGCCAGUGAACCAAAUGAUUAAUUCAUAUACCAUUCAGCCUCAGACUCAGACUCAGCCUCCAUCGAGAGUUCGUAACUACUGUGUUGCAAGAAGAAAUCAAAGUAUUGCUCCCCAGUGCUAUAAUACGGGUUCUAUGUCUCAAGGUAGUAGUUUGCGAAACGUUGCGAGUCAUGUUGCACCAUCGCUUUUAGUCCGUUCUGCCGUACAUACCAAUACGGCACCAGUAUUGAAUAAUGUUGGGCCAAUUGUAAUUGCUCCACCAAAUGAAACAAUUGACUUGACAGGUCUUGAUUGAUGUUGAUAGGUACCUUUAUAUUUAAAACAAGUAUAUUAUAUUUAUUCACAAAAAUAGCAUGUGCAUCACUUCAGCCAAUUUUGUAUAACAUAGAUAAGUUGAUAAUGUCCAAUAAAUAAACAUAAGAUACUAUGGAUCAAACUUUAAAUUAAUAAUAUGAUAAUUUUAUUGACUAUGUUUUACAUAAUUGUUUUGUAUUUAAAUGUUACUGAUCAUUAUAUUAGAUAUUAGUUUCUGUAGGCUGAUGAUUUAAAUUUGUGUAGUUUUUCUAUGUGUUAUACCAAAAUGCAUA